AUGCGUAUCAACAUGGAGAACGACGCAUCCAACGAUGAAGUCAGAAAGCUGGUCAGAAGACAUAAAAUUAAACUUAUUAGCAUAGCAAUCCGGGAUACAAAAAGGACGAUCCAGAAUAAAAAAGAACAAAAGUCUCAUCUACGAAGAAAGGUAGAAGAAGCGACCAGCGCAGAUGACUGGGUGCGUAUGAAGGCCAUGUUGGAAAAAAGAGCUAUGAACACAUACAACCAAUCAAAAGCUGUAGAAAUACGAAAACUAGAAGACCUAAAAAAUAAGAGCAUUCGAAACCAAAGCCACAAUCAGGAAUGGAUAGCGAACACAACUGAAGCGAAUUUACCAGAUUUCGUCGAGAGAACCUUGAUGCUAGGACCGAACUUCAAUGUACAAAAUAAAAACACGAUUCCAUAUAUAAGGAUGAUCGCUGAUGUCGAAACAGCCAUCCAGGGAAUACCUGAAGCAGAGGGAAUACGAGGAGAGGUGGCAACCUUCAUGUCAAAUUAUAUCAACUAUCAAAGACAACCCAGAACGAAAAAUAACGUUUGGAUCCAUAAGGAAAUAAUUCGAACCAGAGAGUACCUCAGAGAGCAUCCCGAACUGUACGUCACGAAAGCAGAUAAGGGAAACAGAACGGUGAUAUUAGCAGCAGAUGAAUACAGACAGAAAAUGACAACAAUGGUAACCGAUGAGGAAACGUACACGGCUCUAUAUGGCAAUCCCACUGCAAGAACUCUCAAAAAACUCAACCUAAUCGUGGAACAGUGGUUUACUGAUGGACACAUAGAUGCGCGAAACAAAUACCGACUUAAGGUGUACAACUGUCACCCACCAAGAAUUUACGGCCUGCCGAAAUUGCAUAAACCGGACAGACCAUUAAGGCCAGUAGUAUCCACUGUAGGGUCUGCAACUUACCGGAUGGCACAAUAUGUAGCGGCUAUUCUUGGUAAACUCGUUGGAAAAACCGAAUUUCAUGUUCGCAACAGCUUUGAUUUUGCCGAAGAAUUUUCACGAGUGCAAGUACCCGAUGGAUAUGUCAUGUAUUCGUUAGACGUGGUAUCUCUCUACACAAAUGUGCCCGUAGAGGAGGUGUACGAAUGUGUUGAGGAACGAUGA